AUGGGAUUCGGACAAAAGGGACUAUACAAGGCAUUGAUGUUUGGUAGUCCAAGUGUAACUGUUACAACUCCAGAAGCUUGCAGGAGGGUUUUAACAGAUGAUGAAGCCUUCAAGCCUGGCUGGCCAACUUCCACCAUGAAACUAAUUGGGAAAAAAUCAUUUAUUAGUAUUUCAUUCGAGGAGCAAAAACGUUUAAGGAAACUCACAGAAGCACCUGUUAAUGGGCAUGAGGAAUUAUCGAUGUACAUAAAAUACAUUGAAGAAAAUGUAAAAUUAGCUCUGGAGAAAUGGGCAUCCAUGGUUCAGAUAGAGUUCUUAACAGAAUUGAGAAAGCUAACAUUUCAGAUUAUAAUGUACAUUUUUCCAAGUUCUGAAAGUGAACAAGUAAUGGAGGCUUUGGAGAGGGAAUACACAACUCUAAAUCAUGGUGUUAGAGCUAUGGCUAUCAAUCUUCCAGGAUUUUCUUAUCAUAAUGCACUUAAGGUAGUGUUCCUAGUAUUUUUUAUCCAAUCAUUUAUUUAUUCCUUUUGACAUACAAUAUACUUUUCUGGACAAAGCACGAAAAUGUCCCUUCUCUUUUCAGGCGCGUAAGAAGCUUGUGGCCAUCUUCCAAACAAUCUUGUAUGAGAGAAAGGAAAGAAGGAAUCAAAAUGAGCCUACAGAGACGAAAGACAUGAUGGAUAUUCUCUU